AUGGCCCCCAUCCCGCGGGCCGAUUUUGAUAUGGAUAACCCGUCAUCUGAUGUGGGCGAUAGCCUUGAUCAAGAUUCCCCCAUGCGCCGUCAAUUCUCUGAACCAAUGCGCCCGCAAUCUACUUCCACCCAGAUCUCUCAGUCCCCUGAGCCGCUGGGCAAGCAAAUUAAAUGCGACUGGUGUGGGAAACUAUUAGAACUUCCCGUUGAUAAGUCCAUCUCUGCGGAAGACCUGCUCAAUUUUCACAUUUCUUCGGACCAUCCAGACUCUCAGUCAUUUGAUUAUGAGGAGGGUGAAGAUGGUGCUGAUGAGCUUGAACUAGAAGAUGAAGAGGUCUUGAAUGACGCGUCUCAGUUUGAAGAAAAUGAAGAAACAUACCAAGCUGAAGAGGGUGAUGAUUUGGAGGAACUUAAUGACGAUGGAGACGGGGAAGAAAUUGAAGAUGCUGAAGACGCGGAAGAAGUCGAAGAUCCUGAAUUCGCUGAUCAGGCCGAACUAGCCGAAGCCGAAGAAGUGGAGGCUGGCGAGGAGCAAGAACAAGAAGAACAAGGAACUCCCGUCGCAUCUGCCGUCAACGGCGAGCACAGCGAGCUCGACACUUCCAAAACUUCUAGUGUCAACAUUCAAGUUGCGCCUCAAGCUCCAGGAAAACUGGAUAUGAUUGAAUGGCUUUCAAAUCCCCGAAACUCAUUCCCCGAUGACUUUCGCCGACGUUUAGCUACAUGGCAAGAGGCGGAUAUCAAGGACCGCCUACCUAAAGUUUGGACCGUUCACAAGGCCUCGAAUUUUUCAGAGAACUAUGACCAGAACAUUGCCAAAGUUGAGGCUUCCUGGCAACAUGCCUUCGGUGACAAGCCCAAGAAAAAGGAUGGCUCGGAGCCAAUGGCAGCGCCAACUCCCUACAAAACAUCCAAAGUCUCCAAGGGCGAGUUCCUUGAGACUGGCAAUUUUGAGGAGCUGAUAGAAAUGCUCCGGAAGCCGGAGUCUCUUACGCCCGAUGAACUUUACGCAGCCACUGAAGCCGCUGCAGCUGCGAUGAAGACCUGGCAGGAUGAAUACAUUGCUCUCGAUAAACUGUACACUCGAACGCACCGACACAUCCGGCUCCAAAUCUCAGUGGAUGCAAAGCGGGAACAGAGCAUCGGUCAGAAAAAGCGAACGGGGCACCCACUCGCCCGGGUCCCUGAGGAUGAACGUGACUUUGAGGACAGGAAGGAAUCGAUGCUGUACGGUUACAAGCACACCUUCUUUGGCACAAAUAUAAACGAGGUGGUCAGCUGGACACCCCAGAACCCGUUUAGCCAAGGUGGUUUCAUCCCUACCGCUGCACAGGCACGGAAGAUGGCGUCCAAGGUUGCUCCCGAAGAUCGCAACCCUGAUGGUUGGACACCUGUCGUGCGGGAUGGCAUGGAGUUCGUUCCUGUUUUGUUCGAGAAACGUCUAGAUGCGGUGCCGAAGGUGACACGCAAGCGCAAAGCUGCAGAGGAACAGCAACAGCUGCAGCUGCAGCAGUCUACCAAGGUUGAAGAAGUCGCUGAAGAUACUCAAAAUGAGUCUGACGCUGCGGAGGAGAGUGAAGAGGAAACUCGCCCAGUUAAGCGACGCGCUCGUGGUCGUGGUGGUCGUCGUACCACACUCGACACCUACCAACCCGCAGAGCCUCCAACAUCAGCCCCCCGUGGUCGUGGUGGGACUCGAGCCCGUGGUAGAGGCCGGGGUCGAGGCGCUGGCCGGACCACAUCGUCUCGUGCAUCUCUUGAAGCUCCCCAAGCUGGCAAUUUUGCCUCUCCAACCUCAUACCGUGGCCGCGGGCGUCGGGGUGCGAGCAUUGUCAGCUCCACCACGCAACCUUACCCGGCGGAGGAGACUCCUGCAUCUUUGCCUGCUGAUUCUCCCAUGCCAGAAACAUCUCCCCCGCCAAAGGCAAACUUGGCUGUGAAGCGGGAUGCCACAGCUGAGGAGAUGGAGGAAGCCCGUCGACUGAAGAUUGCCAACUCCAAGAACCCCAAGCGAACCAAAGCCAUGCUGGACCAUUGGGAGCGGUUCAAUCGCGAGGGUCGGAUUCGCAAUCCAAAACGUUCAAAGGCACAAAUCGAAUCAGACCGACAGGACGAUCCUAUCAAGCCCGAUGUCUUACCUCGUCCUCCUGACCGCCGCCGCAAAUCUACGUCGUUGGUCCCCAUUCCUAACGGGAAUCUUGCUCCGAAGGCCCCAGUUGUGGCGCCCAUGGCUGGUCACAUGGGACCUGGACAUACAUUGCCGCCGAUUGGAAUGGCCCAGUACGCCCCUCCCAACCCUUACGCCCAACCGCCGCCGCCGCCGCCAAACGUACCGAUAGGGCAGCAAUUGCCAGCUCAAUAUGCUCCAUUUCCAUACGUCCCUUACGGCAUGAGUCACAUGCAGGCCCUCAUCCGGGCCAACACCCAGGACCGCACCCAGGUCAACAUCCUGGACAGCAUCCCGGCCAGCACCCUGGUCAGCACCCUGGUCAACACCCCGGACAACAUCCAGGCCAGCAUCCAGGUCAGCAUCCUGGCCAGCAUAUGGGCCAACAUCCAGGAGGGCAUCCAGGCCCACAUCCAGGUGGUCAUCCCGGUGGCCAUCUAG